AUGACAACGCGUUUGCCAGAUAAAGCAAUCGCAUCUGGCACACACCAGCGCAUGAAACAACCCCUCGAACUGACACGAUGCCCGCAUAUGACGCAGCUGCAGCUGCCAGGCCUCUGUCUCGAUCCUACACACAUUAGCAAAAGUGGACAUGAUUGCAUUGCCAAGGCAGUGACCACAGACGUGACCAUCCAUGAGUACUUCCGGCUGCAGCACCGCGAAGUUGCACAGACGGCGCCAUCCUUGUCGGAGUGGAUUUGCGAGUGA